AUGGCUUUUGACCGCUACAUUGCCAUUUGCAACCCACUACGCUAUUCCUCCAUCCUAACUAAUGACAAAAUCAUGAAAAUCGGGGUGACAAUCUUAUGUAGAAGUUCUUUGCUCAUACCUCCAGUCAUCAUUCGUUUGAAGUUCUUAAACUAUUGCCGUCCUCACAUCCUUUCUCACUCUUUCUGCCUGCACCAAGAUUUAAUUCGACUGGCCUGUUCGGAUAUCCGCUUCAACAGCAUCUAUGGUCUGGCCUUGGUAAUCAGCAACCUGCUGUUGGAUGCAGUGCUCAUACUUAUCUCCUAUGUCAUGAUCUUGCAUACUGUCUUAGCCAUUGCAUCCCAGGAGGAGCAGCUCAAGUCCUUGCAAACCUGUGUAUCUCACAUCUCUGCUGUUUUGGUUUUCUACAUCCCAAUCAUUGGACUGACCAUGGUGCAUCGAUUUGGGAAACAUCUCUCACCACUGGUUCAUGUCCUCAUGGGCAACAUUUAUAUCAUUUUUCCACCCUUGAUGAACCCCAUUAUUUAUAGUAUCAAGACCCAACAGAUACAAAAGAGAGUCCAGAGGUUGUUCUACUGCAAAAGAGCCUGA